GUGUGUUCGUUAAUACAGCAAGCCCAAGGCAAAGAAAGAGGCAAAGAAAGCGUCAUUUCUAGUAACAUCGCCUUUCUCUUUCCCUCCUCCAAAAAACUGCACGCGAUCUGCACUGGAUUAAAGAUAAUUCUACCAAAUCUUUACGUUCCCGUUAAAUACGAUUUUCAAUCUCGAUACACAUCUUUCUUAUAGAUAAUACCAAGGUAUCGAUUCUAUCUAUAACCUCUUCCGCCUUUCCUACCAGGAAAAUUACGACCCCGCAUCCCACCCAUACCUCUUUGCAAUCUCUGUCAAGGAACACCACCCGAAGAUCUCGAAAUAUUGUUGAGAGAAGGAUCUGAAUUGUUUGUUGGAUUUUUGUAGAGAGGAUUUCGAUCUAUCUUCAAGAUGGGUCAGACUCUUUCAGAGCCCGUCGUGGAGAAGCACUCAGCUAUCGGAGGCGAUGAGAGAUUACUUUAUGGUGUCUCUUCCAUGCAGGGAUGGAGAAUCAGCAUGGAGGACGCGCACGCGACUAUCCUCGAUUUACAAAAUACAAAGGGACAGGAAUUGAAGCCAGCUCCAAUCGAUAGCAGACUUUCAUUCUUCGGUGUUUACGAUGGACAUGGAGGAGACCGGGUAGCACUUUUUGCAGGAGAAAAUAUACAUCAGAUCAUCGCGAAGCAAGAAGCAUUCCAGAAGGGUGAUAUUGAACAAGCUCUGAAGGAUGGCUUCCUUGCAACAGACAGAGCAAUCUUGAUGGAUCCAAGAUACGAGGAGGAAGUUUCUGGCUGUACCGCAUCAGUUGGUAUAAUUUCGCACAAAAAGAUCUACGUGGGAAAUGCCGGAGACUCGAGAAGUGUUUUGGGAGUCAAGGGUCGCGCCAAGCCUCUGUCAUUCGACCACAAGCCGCAAAACGAAGGCGAAAAAGCCAGAAUUAAUGCGGCUGGAGGCUUCGUCGAUUUCGGUCGUGUCAAUGGCAACCUUGCAUUAUCAAGAGCCAUUGGUGAUUUUGAAUUCAAGAAGAGCGCAGAGCUUUCGCCCGAGCAGCAAAUCGUUACUGCAUUCCCCGAUGUUACUGUACAUGAUAUUACAGACGAUGACGAGUUUUUAGUGGUUGCUUGUGAUGGUAUCUGGGAUUGCCAAUCAUCCCAAGCCGUUAUCGAAUUUGUUCGACGAGGCAUUGUUGCCAAGCAAGAUUUAUCUAAGAUCUGCGAGAACAUGAUGGAUAAUUGUUUAGCAUCCAAUUCGGAAACUGGUGGUGUCGGUUGUGAUAACAUGACCAUGAUUGUUAUUGGUCUUCUGAACGGCAAGACUAAGGAAGAGUGGUACGAUGAAAUCGCAAAGCGUGUCGCGAAUGGAGAUGGCCCAUGUGCCCCUCCGGAGUACGCUGAAUUCCGUGGACCUGGUGUUCAUCAUAACUUUGAUGAUAGUGACAGUGGAUAUGAUGUUGAUAUGGACCAGAAGCUUAAGUCUUUCGGUGGGAACCCACGUGGACGAAUCAUUCUUCUUGGAGAUGGCACAGAAGUCCUCACUGAUUCCGAUGAUACAGAAAUGUUCGAUCACAGUGAGGAAGACAAAGACCUCGCCAGCCAAGUCCCAAAGGGACAGCCUCAAUCCGAAGUCCCCGAAUCCGAUGCCUUACCCGAAAAGAUUGACCCGAAAGAGCCAAAGUAUCAGGCAGUAGUAGACGAAGUCUUACCAAAAUCGAGCAAAGCCGAAGAGAAGUAGGAGUAAUUUGGGUAUUAUUGGUACAUCUUUCAAGAUUUAUGAAGUGAAAGACGAAGGGAGGGGAGGGUGUUGGAAUGAAGAUGUUAAUGACUCGAGAAAUUAUGCAAACCAGAUUCAUCUUGAUGAAUGACUAUUUUUGCGACCAUAUCUGGAAUAGAAGGGGUUGCAAAUCGUGUGCAUUUUUUAUAAGCAUGACGUGAGAUAAAAUCACGUAUUGCAAUAUUUCCUGAGAAUCUUCAUCAAUGCUGGGAGGGAAUGGGGAGCAUGGGAGGGAAGGUAUAAAGGUUAUGAAAACUUUAUAUCUAGUAAACAUGAUGGAGAUGCCCUGUGUGUGUGGAGGCUUCCCCUUCGACAUGAAAUCUUCUGAACUUACGAUCUUCAUACGCAGCGAGUUAUAUUAUCAUGAUCAUGAGUCCGUUUUUUCUUCUUCAAUUUUACGUUACAGAUCUCUUAUAGGAAGGGUCUCUAGACUAAGGCCGAGUUUCAAUGUACGUUGAAAACGAUCAAUUGAUAUCCUUCUGACCAAAGCGUUUACGAGUUCGUCUCAUGUUUCUAAAUUGAAUGUGUGUGCAUGUUCGCAGGUUUGUUAAGUUGCAGAUGGUCCCCUCUUUUAAGCCCCAAGGCGGCUCCCAAGACGUAGCAAAUAGAAGGCUCGUAGAGCUGAUGAAGUGUCUAAUCGAAUGGAAUCGAAUCGUUGGCAUUGCUUCGGACUUGGAUUGGAUCCAUUGCACUGCA